AUGUUCCUACGUAGCACUACGUCGCCCCGUCAGCCAGCGCCUCGGCAAAAACCAAGUGCACAGCCCUGCAGAGGCGAGGGGAAAGAAAUACGCGAAAGUGAGGUGGGUGUCUCGAGGGGAGGUGGAGGGCGGGGCGUCUGCAUCGAUCGGCCGCCGGGGCCCAACGAGGUGCACCUGUGCUAUCUGGUUGGCCGGCAUGUCGUCGUUGUCGGUGGCAAAUUGCGGCGGCGGCGGCAGCACCGGCGGCGGGAGGGCGCGCGGCUGAGAGCGGAGCCCGGCCGCGGCCGCACCCGCACGCCCCUGCAUGCGCCCGCCGCCGCCCCUAUCGAACGCCACGCAGCGCCGGGCUACGCCACGCUACAGCGCUCUAUCACGCGCCACGCAACGCUAGCACGUGCUACGCCACGCUACACUACUCUAUCGCGCGCUUCGAAACGC